AUGAUCAAUCAAUGUGGCUAUCGUAAUAAGAUGGAUAUCAACAAUCUAAUGAACUACCCAGGUGAAAAUGAAGCAUGUUCGGAGAUUCAAAAUUUAGAAGAUAUUGUGGGUACUAUCAUUGAGAACAAUGCAAAGGAUGACGACGAAGAUGAUACGGUGUCUUUGGAGCCUGUUACACGGAAGGAAACACUUAUGGCGUCGAACACUCUUCACAACUUUAUGAUACAAUACAAAAAUACAAUACUUGAGCUAUUGGAUGCAAUAAGAAAAGUUAGAGAUGACCUACAAAUAGACUUGAACUUUAAAGGAAAACAGACAACUAUUGAAUCAUAUUUCAAUAGAGUGUAA